CAACGCCGCACAGACACACACUGGUCUCCCACGCACGCAAGCAGCUGCCAGCACCAACCAUCCUCAAAGCGGCAGCUCGACCGGCAGCCAUGGCGCGCGCCUUCGUGCGCUCCAUCUCCUUCCCUCUCAGCCCCUCGAGGUCUCCCAAGUCGCGUGCGCCAUCGUCGUCGUACCACGGGCGGUCUGUGAGCUUGCCGUGCCGCUCGCACCCGAUCUUGGCGCACCUCCACACCCACAUCCGCUCCGUGCGCGCCUGGGCGCAGCAGGGCCCGUCGGCGUUAGCCUCCUCCGUGGCCACGGGACUGGCGCACGUCGACGCACUCCACGCGGCGCUUGGUGACCUGCUGGACCUGCCCGAGGCCCAGGCAGCGCUCUCCGGCGCCGGAGGCAGCGUGGACCGCCUCCUGGACUCCUUCCUCCGCCUGGCCGACGCGCACGGCUACUUCCAGGAGGCCGUGGUGUCGCUCAAGCAGGACGUCGCCGAGGCGCUGGCUUCCGUGCGCCGUUGCGACGGGGCACGCCUUGCUUCUGCAGUGCGGUCGCAGCGCGGGGCCGGGAAGGAGCUCGCGCGCCUCGCCGCGGCGGCCAGCGAGUGCGCCGUCAGGCCCUCGCGCCUGAGUAUGCUCGGCGGCAGCCAAGGCAGCGCGGCUGAGGUUGAGGUGACCGGGCUGCUGAUGGAGUCGGCCGCGGCCACGGCUUCGGCUUCGGCCGCGCUGUUCGGGGCUGUGGCGGCCAUGUUGGGGUCCGUGGCGGCGGAGUCGUGCUCGUGCAAAGGCACCACGGCCCUGGUGUGUCUGGUGAGGCAGAACAAGAAAAAGGCGCCGAUGCCGAGGUCGGGGGAAGAGGACAGGGUGACGGCGGCCAUGGCGGAGAGGCUGGAGGAGCUGGAGGUGUUCAUCGACGAGCUCGAAGCCGGGAGCGAGAAGGUGUUCCGUAGCCUCGUGCAGACCAGGGUCGCGCUCCUCAACAUCCACACACUGCACAUCUUCUAACUUUACUACUACCAACCAUCUUAGCUGUACUAGUGAAAUUAGUGGCAGCAAUCCAGUGUAACUGUAAAUAAGUAGUAGAUGAUGAAUAGAAGAAGGAAUAUGUAGUAGGGGAAGUGCAUGGAUGAACCGGGUACAUGUGAACUCACUUUGAAAAACACAUUUCUAAAUGCUAAAAAAAUCCAAAA